AUGGAAUACUCCGGCAGAAAGGUUUCUGAUUCUUCAUCUUCUCCUGCUGGUGUGCCUUCGUCGGCUCCACCGGUAGCGCGAAGUGCCUACGCAGCUGCUGGGAAUCUCAUUACUUUUCCCGGGAGAGAGAAGCUCGAUGUCAGGGCACCAUACAUGUACCAACGCGAUAUCUCGGCUCGGGGCAAACCCCAUAUAAAAACCGGACAUUUCGCGAAACUAUCAAACCUCCAGCGGUUUCAAAACGGAUAUCAUGCCAUUUCAUUCAGUAAGAUCAUCAACGGCAAGGAAUACCACAUGCAGCCUGAUAGUACCUUCCAACGACAGGCUUGGAGGGUCGGUAUUGCAUAUAAUGAAUUUAAUAUAGUCCGUGGGUCAAAGUUCGCACCCGUCCGUGAAAAGAUUUCCCACUGGGGAGUAUACAUCCGGCCCCUCCGGCAUAACAACUGCCCCGAACCGGAUAUUUGGCAUGAACUGGGAACAAAAUUAUGGCAGUCACCUUAUUCUGGAAGAUGUCUGGGGGGUCCAGGAGAAGGCAAGAGUGGGCGUUGGAAAAAGGAGCUCGCAGAUACCGAGUUCCAAAAAAUCACCGAUCCGAAUUUCCAAGAAGUGACGAUGUAUUUCAGCCUUGAAGAAUUUGUUCUUGAAGGGCGAAGCAUCGGUCCACUUAAUGAAAUCAUCUCUCCCAACCCUGGCGCAGCUUAUUCCCUCGCCUUUGCGAACUGUCAAGACUUCGCUAAGCUUGUCAUAACGAGUCUGAAAAAAUACAACUGGACUGACGCUCGUAGACUGAACCAGCAAUUUUCUCUUUCUUUACUAGAGAAGAAGAUGCUAGGCGAGCUUGAAAAGGAGGCAGAGGGCAGGGGUGAACAUAAUUAUCGGCGAGCCGGCCCACUACUGGCUGAUGAGCGAUAG